ACCUCAAGUUUCCUGUGACAAUCGAUCGCGCCUGUCCAAGAUCCAUUCCGCUGCCCGAUGGUCCGACAAGUGACGCUCUCGGUGCAAGGCAGCUCGGUCGUGCUUGGCCCCAAGGGUAAAGCCAUCGGUCUCUACCACCUGCAAUUGCAGGACGGAGGACGCGUGCGCUCGACGCAGGCCCGCUACAGCCUCCUUCGCCGCCACAUCUUUGACGUCUGCAGUGGAUACCCAUGGGUUCUAGACGUGUUUCCUCGCAAGAAGCCUCUGCAACAUGCUUGGAGCACACUGGUCAUGGUCGAACGCGAGCACCAACUGGCGCACUGCUGCGCUCAGAUCUCGCGCAUUCACUUUACAAACGAGAGCAUUGAGCAGCUACACCAGUUUUUUGACCAUGCGGACAGCGUCUCUGCGUCCUACGCCACCACGGACCGCACCGCCAAUGACAACAAUGACGCGCCCCAAGUGGAUGCCGACGAGCCCGGUGACGUCGUGUGCGUCAGAAAGCUCAACGCAGCGAUGCUUCAGCUCUUUCCCGAUCUCGAUCUGGCCGCGCCACGGCCACCGCGCCACGUUCCCGCCAAGCCGCACGAACCUGCACGCCAUGCGAAUCAUCUCGACGCCAGCCAUGCACAUCGCUUUACGCCCAGCAACCAGGACCACCAUGGAAACGUGCGUGGGUACGAGACGUGGCAGGCCGCCCCGCUCGCCAUGGCCGAGUUUGACCCGGACGAGCUCAUUGCGAUUCUUCGGCAACACGUCGACGAGCAAUUAGCAAACCAUAGCAGCGCUCUCUAGAAUGAACCAUA